AUGGAAAACUUCAGCAGCAUCUCGGAUCGGGUAAAAGCAAAGAGAAUUGAGUUAGAGCAACAACAAAUUCUAUCUCUAAAAGGAGAAGAUACUAUUGAAAAUGAACUUGCAAUUCAAGAUGAGUUGAAGCUAUUGGAAGAAGCGGAAAGUUUAUUCCUUAAGCAAAAGGCUAAAAUCCAGUGGAUAAAGAAUGGGGACAAAAAUGCUAAUUUUUUUCACUCCAUGGUGGCCUUAAAAAACAAGAGGGAUACCAUUAGAGUUCUUAUGGACAAUAGAGGAAAUAGGCUUGAUUCCUUUGACUCUAUGGCAAAAGAAGUGAUUGAUUUCUAUUCAAAUCUUAUUGGAACUGUCGACUCCUCGGUUAAAGCUAUUGACCCUAGCUUCAUCAAAACUAUUCUUAACUUCAAUCUGUCCUAUGAAGCUUCUUCUUGCCUUGUUAAAGAAAUUACUGCAGAAGAAAUUAAAGAUGCCAUCUUCGACCAAGGAAAUGAUAAAGCUCCCGGUCCGGACAAAUAUUCCCCGCUUUUCUUCAAGAAAGCUUGGAAUAUUAUCGGUAAGGAUGUUAUUGUUGCGGUUAAGCACUUCUUUUUGAAUGCAUCUUUAAUUCCAGCUUUUAAUUCUACUGUUAUUGCUCUAGCUCUUAAGACAGCGUUCAUCAGAGGUAGAAACAUUAUGGAUAAUACUUUGCUUGCCCAAGAGAUGGUUAAAGCUAUUCUUAAAGCUUUAAAUCUUCCUCAAAAGUUCAUCGAUUGGACUGAAGCAUGUUUUACUCAAGCAAGAUUACUCAACUUGGCUGCUAGUAAGGGUUUAUUUGGUUAUCAUCCUAAAUGUAAGAAGAUAGGACUCACUCACUUAUCCUUUGCAGACGACCUCUUGAUUUUCUGCAAAGGUAAUCCUGAUUUUGUUGCUGGUGUUCUUAGUGUCUUGGAUCAUUUUAAAGAUAUCUCGGGCCUCAAGAUCAAUUCUUCUAAAUGUGAGAUAUUUCAUGAUGGAAUUUCUUCACGUUCAAUUGACGCCAUCAAACAGAUAACUUACUUCAAAAUUGGACGACUUCCAGUCAGAUAUCUCGGAAUUCCUCUGGUCACCCGCAAGUUGAAUGAGAAAGAUUGCGAAGCACUUAUUGUUAAAAUUAAGCAAAGACUCCAUCAUUGUAUCAGCAACUAUUGGUGCAGACAACUUAUUUUGCCUGCUUCAAUUCUUAAAAAAGUGGAGCAGCUUUGUAUAAGAUUUUUUUGGAAAGGAUCAGACAAACCGGCUGCUGGAGCUAGAGUGUGCUGGGAUAAAAUCUGUCUUCCUAAAUCAGAAGGUGGUCUCGGAUUGAAGAAUCUAAAAAAUUGGAAUAGAGCUUGUAUUGUGAAUUUCAUAAAGAAAAUAUUGGCUGGUGAAGGUUCUCUAUGGGUGGCUUGGGUUAAUAGAUAUGUCAUUAAAGAGCAAAAUUUUUGGCAGAUUAAUCCUGGCCCCAACGUUAGCUGGAGUACCAGAAGAUUAUUUAAUCUGAGAUCAGAAGCAAUGUCUCUCAAUUCUGAUACAUGCACGGUGAAGGAAAUUUAUGAAGAUAUUAGAACAAAAGGGCAGAAAAUACCUUGGCAUAAACUUAUCUGGUUCCCACUGCAUAUCCCGAAGCAUAGCUUUAUCGUUUGGAUGGCUCUUCAAAACAGAUUGCCUACUAGAGACCGUCUACAAAUCAUGGGAAUUAACACAGACUCUUUAUGCGUUAAUUGA